AUGACAGUAACGGGGCUUGGUGGUGGCCAUGAACGGUGCGACGAUGUGUUGGCUGUGGUUGGUUGGGAUGGGAGGAAGAAGAAGAAUGCUAUUUGUGUGGGUGGGUGGUGUGGCGGCGGUGGCGGCGGCGGUGGCGGUGGCGGUGGCGGUGGCGAUGACAGGAAAAACACAAUAUGGACAAAAGAAGAAAACAAGCAAUUUGAGAGUGCACUUGCAGUGUUUGAUGAAAGUACUCCCAAUAGAUGGGUUAUGGUGGCCGCCAUGAUCCCUGGAAAAUCAGUGUAUGAUGUGAUAAACCAGUACAAAGAAUUGGUGGCAGAUGUAAAUAAUAUAGAAGCUGGUUUGGUCCCAAUUCCGGGAUACUUGAACUCUUCUUUUACAUUGAAAAUACCCGAUAAUCGCAGUUUUGAUAUGUAUAGGAAGAGAGGCAGGUCUUGCAAUCAAGAAAGAAAGAAAGGUGUACCAUGGACAGAGGAGGAGCACAGACGUUUCUUGUUGGGACUUCAAGAACAUGGCAAAGGGGAUUGGAGGAACAUUUCACGAAAUUUUGUUAUUUCUAAAACACCUACUCAAGUUGCAAGCCAUGCUCAAAAGUACUAUCUAAGGCAGCUUUCAGGAGGGAAAGAUAAGAGGAGGCCGAGCAUCCACGAUAUAACAUCAGUCCACUUCACAAACAAUUGCUCCCCGGAUAAUAAAAAAUCUCCAUCAUCAGAUAACUCUUCUUCAGUUACGUUGGUACAGAAGUCCAUUGGCACUCCAAAAAUACUACUCAACUGGAAUGACAAAAAUAAUGAAGCUUCAAUCGUUUUUGACUCGGCUUGCCAUGAUCCAUUCACUACAUUUUCAUAUGAUAUUGGCUCUCAUGCUACCUGCAUAGUUAACACCGGAGCUGCCAAUCAAGGUUUCCAGUUCCCGUUCCAAUCCAAAAGAUCUCUUGAGUGA